ACGUACAGUGUGUUACGCAAUGGAAUCUGUCAAUAAAUCGUUGUAUACAGUAAUAAUUCCAACUUGUACCACACGGUGGCGCUAAUUAACAAGCAGAGCAUCGCCGCGUCGAUCUGGUUGCCGAACGUCGUUUGCGGAACCUUCACAGAAGUCAAUUCUCGUUAAAUGGUUUGCGGUAGAAAUGAGGUUUAAAUGACUAAAUAUGAACCUCAGCGUUAAGACGCUUUACAGAUUGAGGUGUUCGAGUAUUUUGUAAAUCCUCCCGAGAAGCAGAACAAGAAUGUAGAAUUUCAUGGUAGUUCAAUAGGUCUGGAAUGUGUGACUUAUUUACAAAUAUGAAUUUUUCUCCCCCAAUAGCAGGCUGUCUUUACGGAAAUUACAGAUCGGGCGUCAGCUGUGUGUGUCUGUGUGUGUUAAUAAUUUACAGUUACAGACGGCAGUUGCUGUAAAAGGGACUUAGAAUUACUUGCUCUUCUCUGCCCCUGAGGUAAAUUGUAACGUCUAACUACAUUUACCGCAGUAAAAACGUGCAAGCUUUAUUGUAACCAAUCAAAUCGAACAGCCCCCAAACAGCGCGUGGCAGCAUUUAAACAUUAAAAAGGGUUAAAUAAAUUCUGCGCGCACGUUAAUGAAGAAUUUUUUUUUUUUUUUUUAAAGAAAGGAUCAGGUAUCCAGUGCCUUGAAGUGAGAACUUAAGAGGAGCCCUGGAGUUGGUCUGGGAAACACGGGUUCGACUCCCCUCCAGCAUCAUCAUCGCCAAUAACCAGCAUCAUCAUCGCCAAUAACCAGCAUCCUCACCAAGCAUCAUCAUGACCAUCAUCAGCUACACCCCGCCUCUCGUGCCCCUCGAGCGAUGCGCAGGAGCAAAAGAAGAGUCAUGUCAUCACCAGUGAGGGGCUCUCCGGCCGCGCUCCCACGACGUGUCCCACAUGUCCCGAUGAACGCAGCGCAGUAAGAGACGGGCGGGACGCUCCUCUUGUCGGACUACUUUCCGGAGGCGCGUUCAUGCCAGACCCCCCGCGAGGCUCGGACCAUCUGGAUGAGAGGAGCUUCGUUCAUCUCACAACGGAGGACUGCGCGGCGGCUAUGCUGCCCUGCUUUGCGCUCAAGGACAAACGCGAAGAAAUCCGCACUUGGUGGAUAUUUGCCCGUGUGGACACAGAGAAGUAGCGUUUCCCACAGUCCGGCAGAGAUGAAGCAGCAGAAGUCUUUCCUCAUCAUCUGCUUCAUGCACCUGGUCACCGGCAGCAGAGUGCAGACCGAAACCACACAGCUUAUAGAAUGGGACGAACACGAUAAUGAGGAGAACCUCUCGUCGAGCGUGGCCAGUCCACGCAUGGUCAACCCCCUGCGUCUGUUUGCCAGGGGCUCUCCUGGACUCAAGCAGAGCGCCAGGGAGAUGCCCUACUUAAGCAACAUGGAGGACCUCUGGAACUGGCUGUCCAAUCAGACGGACACUCUGGAGACUCGGGCCAGAGCCAAGCGGCGGCCCAUCGUCAAAACGGGCAAGUUCAAGAAGAUGUUCGGCUGGGGCGACUUCCACUCGAACAUUAAGACGGUGAAGCUCAACCUCUUAAUCACCGGCAAGAUUGUGGACCACGGCAACGGCACGUUCAGCGUCUACUUCCGGCACAACUCCACGGGGUUGGGCAACGUCUCCGUGAGCCUGGUGCCGCCAACAAAGGUUGUGGAGUUUGAGAUUGCUCAGCAGUCCACGCUGGAGACCAAGGACUCCCGUGCCUUCAACUGCCGCAUCGAGUACAAGAAGACGGACCGAGUGAAGAAGACAGCCUUCUGCAGCUUUGACCCGUCCAAGACGUGCUACGAGGAGCAGACCCAGUUCCACGACUCCUGGCUGUGCUCUAAGCCCUUCAAGGUCAUUUGCAUCUAUAUCGCCUUCUUCAGCGUCGACUACAAACUGGUGCAGAAGGUGUGCCCCGACUACAAUUACCACAGCGACACCCCCUACUUCUCCACAGGGUGACCUCGCCCCCGCAUGCUCCCGGGUCAUGUUCUCCAAGCAUCGGCUGACCUGCCCCAUGACCCUGAAAAGUCAUAAACAAACACCAUGUGUUCCGUCUUCUUCAUGAGCAAUUAUAAAGCUUCCUCCAGAUGUCGAGGGAGACGAGAGGCUUUGGGCAUGUAAUUACUGACAAAUUCCAGAUUUUGUGCCAGUGGACUUAUGACAGCGUAAUUACCAUCACCCUAAUUUUUAGAUAUCCACUUAAGGGAUAUAGCUACCGAUUUAUCCUUUAGCCCUCCACCGUAAAGUUCCUUGUUAGCAAAACACAUGGACAACAGCGUUCUUGUAUGGAAAGUGCGGAGAUGUAGGAAGAGAAAUGCAAAAAAAAAAAAAAAAAAAAAAAUAUGAAUUUGUGCUCUGGCUGGCAGAAUGCAUUCUGCUUAAUGUCUCCGUGGGAAGAAACGAGAGACCAUUUGUGCAUUUAAUCAACUGCGUCUUAACUCACUUUCCUUAAAUGCGUUCCCUAGAUGUGACUGUGAAGAGAAGCCCGUCUCAGAUCCGUGCAUUUCCAUACGUGGCUUUUACGGGGGACCACUCUGCCGCCGCAUGCUUUCCAGCAUCGCUAAGAGUAAUCUCCAAUUUUGCUCGAGCCACAUAUGAAUCGAGGGCCUGCUUUGAGCCUCUCCGAGAUUUGCCGUUUACGCGAGUUCAACCGGCUUA